CGCUGUGCGCAUGCGCACCGUGCAUAGCAACACUUUAAGGGGCAGCAGGAGACGACGAGGGAUCGUUUAUGCGCAUUUUGGGGACGAGAAAAGAUAAAGCAGCUUAAACAGAAACAGGCAGGAAUCAUGGGGAGCGUGUUCCUGCCGGCAGACGCGGCCCACUCAGUGCUGCGACGGCUGCGCAGGGCCAACUUCUUGCUGGAGGAGAUGAAGCAGGGCAACAUCCAGCGGGAGUGCCGCGAGGAGAUCUGCACAUACGAGGAGGCCCGCGAGGCUUUUGAGAACGAUGAGAAGACGAAACGUUUUUGGGAAGAAUAUGUGCAGGAGAGCAGUCCAUCUGGAGGGCUGGAGACCGUGGUUGGAGGAGUCCACUCUCUGUACUUGAUCGUGCCAUUGCUACUGGUUGUGUUCAUCAUUGCCGCCGUUGCCAUCACCGUGUGGCGAUGCCAAUCCCGCAAGCGCUCGCAGCGCAGCCCCAGCCUGGGACACUCGCAUCACGACCACGUCCUGUCAGUGGUCUCUAUGGACCAUUGGAGCAGGGAUUACCACCACGGUGACCAAUCUGAACUCAGCGUCCACAGCAGCCCAGCUUAUCCAGGCUCAGAGCUCACAUCAGGGAGAGGAAGCGCUGGAGACCCGCCACCAUCUUAUGAAGAGGCUGUGGGCCAUACAGACGUCCAAAUAGAGACGGAGCCACCUCCACAGUACGAGGAUAUAGUCAACACCAGCUCUUCUAGUGUCAACGGUGGCCAUGGGAAGUAAACCUGUCUCUCACUACCACCCCAACAAACCCCCCUAACUUACACUAAGACCAUCUUAUCAUCUAGCAGUGCCACUGUUGUGGUAUCACCAGCCUUCCCUAUUCAACACGUACAGAAACACUAUUAACUGUCUGGUCAAUGGACUAAUGCAAUCUUUGCCGGAGCCAGUGCUGUUGAAAUUUGCACUAACCCUUUCAUCAAUGAGGUGAAGUGAUAGUAGGAAGGAGCAAAUGAUAUUGCAAUACCAAAACCAACCAACACCUCUGCUGAUCGUCCUCAAGUUGCAUCUAUGCUGUCACACUGUAGCAAACCAUUCAACUCAGAAGGCAUAACAAAUGAUGCAUGUGGCGUGAAGGAAAAAAAAAGAAUGGGUUCUUAUUGCCAUAAUGAAGGACAACUAUUCUAAAAGUGUAUAUGGGGUUGGACCGAUGCUUUGUCAAAGGUUAGUGCCAAUUUUUUUUUUAAUUUAAGCGGUCAGUAGUGGAUAUUAUCUAUUUUUUCAUUCCUUUUACAUUUCAUGUCUUUUUGGUCAAAAAUAGGUAUUUAUUGUUUCUGCCUGGAAUUUUGUGUCUUUUGCUUUGAAACAUUCAGAAACAGCAUUUGCAGUAGACCACAAAACCAUUCCAUUGAAACAUGGACAAAUUAAAGUUGCAUUAAAAGGUUUUUAAAAGGGAGCAAUAAUAACCAAACAUUUUUUAAAGGCUUAUCUAUAAGAACACAACAAUUUAUUCACACAGCCAGCUGACAGAGAGUUAACACAGUCAUCUCACUGGAGUUUCAUCCAUCUGUUGAGCCCAAUAUUUACAUCAGCUGUUUUGGUUGAUCAACUCCUGAGAGAAAUAUCUGGGUCUGUAGCUUGUUAAAAUGUCUUCACUAAUGGCUUGUUUACUUCGGUUCAUUGCAGGUUUGUGUUGAGAAAGUAUAUGAUGUUUGGCUUGUGUGGGCUUGUUAAAGGGACAUUAUGUAAGAUUUGGCAUGUUUUGCAAAUCGGAAGUUAUAGCCUAAAAACCUUGGCAGACUGGCAAACAUCAGCUACAGGUAGCAGUUAUUUAGACACAAGUAAAGCUAUCUGCCCAUCGUGAAUGCUCUGUGAAUCACAGAGUUGAGGUGGAGCACCCGGAGGACAUCACAGAAAACCAGAAAACAUUUUUUAUGGUCCAGUUUCAUCAAAAUCAGUGACACAGUUGGUUGUGUGUGUGAUGUAGUGCCAUAAAGCGGUAUGCACUUUUCACAGGAGAUGGUACCUGUUCAACCAGAGUUGAAAGAGAGAGGCACCAUUCAUCCUAUUACAAAGCCCAGUCCUACCCAAGUGUAUAAUCACCUAAAAAUUAGAAUCUUUAUAUUUUUGUUAUCUAAGAAUGAGCCUUUAUCUACAGACACUGUGAUACUCUUCCACAGAGUCUGCCAUGUUGAACUGCCAUGUUUCUACAGUAGCCCAGAAUGGACAAACUGAACACUGGUUCUAGACAUGGCCUCGGAGAACAUUUAAUACAUGAUCAGGCAACAGAACCAAAACAAUUUGUCCACACUGAUGGAGCCGCUGUGCUGUUCAUUCUCUGUAGGUUCGGCACUAUAAGCGGCCCUUCCACAUCACAUCAGUUAUUUGAUUUAUUGUUGAUAUCAAAAAUAUGACUUAAUGCAGGUUUAAUAGUCAAGUUGCCAAAUGAAUGCAUCGGUCCAACUUCAGUUUACACUUGUGAAUGUUUUAAAUUUCAAUCCGUUAUAAAAGGGGUGCUGAACUGUGUUUUGUGUAUGUGUGUCUCAUGUACGUAUAUUUUGGUAAUGCAUGUAGCUUGGUCUGUACACCUGAGGUUGGAUCUGGCUCUGCACUGUUUGUUGAUGGUCAGCGCUUUGCUGGCCCAUGUCCACCUCUGGGCCUGUUGACAGUUGCUCAGAGCCCGCUUUAACUGUGAAAAUCCUUCUCUAACCUUUUCCCCCUAAAGCAAAUGUAACCAUGUUGGAUAUGACUACAGACUUCUGCUGUGCCACUUUCACUAAUAGUACACUGAGGAUUCUUCAAAUAGAUUUGCAGCUACACCAUAAAUGUUGUGGAGUGACUUGCACAGGAAUGUAGGACAGAACCCAAUAGAAACAGCAGCGGCAAGAAGUUCUGUAUUUAACGCCACUAUGGACAUGUUUAGCAUGUGUAUUGUACCUGUGUAUAUAAAUAUAUAUAGUCUGUAAGCGUGAAAGUAAGUUACAGUGAGAUUGUUUUUACUGCAUAGGAAUGCAGUGGUUGCAUUGAUUUCUAGUGUAACUAUUAUACAGUAAGUUGUGAAGAAAUGAAGGCACUUUGUGUUUAAGCUCAAAAUGAGCUGUUCAAUGGAAACUAGGACAGGUCUGGUUUGAUGAAUUCAGCGUCACUCUCAGCCAUAACGAUGUCACUGUAAAAGUGCUCAUACUCUAUAUGCAAUGUUGCUGCAUACACUAAAAACCAAAUAUAUCUGUCUAAUGUUCAGUUACUGAUAAAUGUCACAUUUCCUGUCGACACCUCACAGACUUUGAGCACUGACUAUAAAUCUUUUUUUUUUUUUUUUUUUGUGAGUUGACCUGUGAACCUCAGCACUUGCUAUGACCUUGAAAUGAGUUGUGCUGGUCGGGGUAGCCAUUUUGGUUAGGUCAGUUGUUGUACUGUUACUUGCAGAGCCCUUUUUUUACAAUGCCUUAUCAAACAAAAUGUUAUAUAACAUUAAAUGCAAGGAGACUUGUUAUAAAUCCUUUAUGUGCAGAAGCUUGAAUUAAUUUGUAAUAAAACAUUAAAAAUGUGUGAUAUGUUAGUUUCAUUCAGUGUCUUGUGAAUGUAGUCUGGAGGGUACAAAUGUUUAUUUUUGUGGGCGUUUUUAAAUGAUAAAGAGCCUUUUUAUUUUACAAACAUACAUCGCAAAACUUUGUUCAGUCUCACUAAUGAACGGAAAAUAUUCAAAAGGAUAAUUACAGGUAAAUGUGUAAACAAAUAGUUGUGAAUAAAACCAUAAAAAUAAAGUGUUGGAUAUAAGUGCUAAAAGAAAAAGUGAAAAUGUGAUUCAGAGCGAAAAAAGAUUCAAAGUUUAGUUUUGUGCAAUAUUAGGGUCAAUAGUACAGAAAAAAUCUAUAAGCUUUUUUUUACAUUUCAAAUUACAUUUUGUUUUUCAAAUUCUUUCUUUAGUGAGCCACCUGGCCUGUGAUUCACUUUCAUACUGUCUGUGGAAAAUAUAAAAAGUAUUGUUCAUGCUGCUCAAACAAACUAAAAAGUGACUCAUUAACCAUGAACGAAGGACAAACCAGGUUAACGGGGCUCAAGAGGGAUCAGUCCAUUUAUAUUGUUUAGCUUUGAUAGUUAAAAAUAUUCCAUUGUUGUGAGCAGAUGCACUGAAACAUCAAAAACAGAUUUAUUAACAUUUGAUAACAGUGGUAGCACACGCAUACAGUGGCUCAGUUUGUUCCUCUUUUUACUUUCAGUGCUUUGUUUAAAAAAAGAGGAGAGGAGAGCUUUGACAGCUUCAAGUAGAGCAAUCCCCAUUUAGCCCAGGCAUGGAAAAAAAAA